UCUCGUCGGGACCUGUCGUCCUCCCCUUUCCCGCUCUACGGCGUCGACGCCUGGUUUUUACGUGGUUUCCUGGCGGCGCGGCACGGAGGCAACGGCCCACACAGCAACAUGCCCAAGUUUUAUUGUGACUACUGCGACACAUACCUCACCCAUGACUCUCCAUCUGUGAGAAAGACACACUGCAGUGGUAGGAAACACAAAGAGAAUGUAAAAGACUACUAUCAGAAAUGGAUGGAAGAGCAGGCUCAGAGCCUGAUUGACAAGACAACGGCUGCAUUUCAACAAGGAAAGAUACCUCCCACUCCAUUUUCUGCUCCUCCUCCUGCCGGGGCAAUGAUCCCACCUCCUCCCAGUCUCCAUAUGGAACCCAGAGCUUCAUCUGUGCUGGAAAAGCACUCUACUACUGAGCCACAUUCCCAGCCCAAAAUUACCUUUUUCCUCCCCUCGCUCCGGCCGCUGCGAGCCAGUCGGGCGUGCUGCGAGCGCUCGCCGAUCGUCCGGGCCGGCGGCUGUGGCGCCGCGAGGGUAGGUGGGAUCGUGGCGGAAUUCCCUGUGCGGAGGCCGGAGCGAGAGCGCGUGAUGGCGGCUGCGGUGGCGGCGGCAUCCGGUGCCUGCGCCGUGGCGGCGAGGUGA